GGGAGCCGUGCGUGCACCGCCGGCGCUUGGCAGCGCGGCCACCCCCGAGGAAAUGCGCCGAGUCCAAACUGAGCGUAAUUGGUUAUGAAACAGGCGGACCGAGCUGCGGUUCGUAACCGCUAGCAGAUGAGCCCGCUUUCCUUAUCCGUCCCCGAAGCGCCUUCGGACAGGUUGAAACUACCUGCGGGCUGCCCGGGUAACCUCGAGCCGGGAGCGUCCCAACAUCCCGACCCCCGGCACCGCCGGCAGCGACGCGCUGAGCCCCGGCACCGCUCCGCCGCACCGAACCCCGUCUGAGUCGGGCUGGGGAAGUCGCGUCCAGGCUGCCUUCCCUCCGCAGUGGAUGCAGAGCGGGGAGGGUCGGGUCGGAGCAACGAGCUGCAGCGGGGGCUCAGCCUGCCCCGUCCGAAGCGUUGCUUUGCACGUAAACCUGGGGCGAAUCCAUGAAGUGCAUCUGUGGGUGAGAUCGGGGCUGUACGCGGCACUCGUGCAGACUGUGGCACGGAUCCAGCCCUGACUGAGGCUGAUUUUCAAGUGUGGAUACGUGGGCAAGUAACUGUGUGUGUGUAAAUGUGCAGAUAGGUAAUCGUAGUGAUGGGAUUCAUGUUCCUCCUCGUUUUUCUUUCUAGUAGUAUUGGGUUUGGCUUUUUUUUUUUUCUUGCUCGUUGAUGUGAUUUCUUCUUUCCUUGCAAAAUCUCAGCUGAAGGAGGGGACGUCCCAGGCUGAGAAGUGCGGGGUUGGUGUGUUCCUUCUCCCCACCCCCCCCCAAAUUGCAGGGCUGGCAGGAGCUGGAGGCGCUCCUAAUGAGUGCUAAUUGGCAGCAGAGCAGGGAUGCUUGAAGCCUUGGGAAAGCCCGGCCCACCAGAGGAGGGGAUUUUCCACCGCGAUGGUCUAGGAGCUCCUUUGGUGGGGUCUGACAGCCCAUGGAACCCUCCUCAGCACCCAGCCGUGCAGGCAGGAGGGAAUCCCUGCCCAAUCUCCCCACAUUCAGGUGAAUUUCAGCUUAGGCAGUAAGUGGUGAUUGCAAACUGUGCUUAUUAGCAGGGGUACGAAGUGACCUGUGCAUUACAAGUACUGCAGGUGGAGAGAUGCUAUCAGGUGUUGCAAGGUGACACCUAAUUCCCUCCUCUGGUGCCAUUUUUCACCCUUUUCUCCAUCCCCCGAUGCUCUCCGUGUUCCCAAACCCAUGGUGUUCUGCUGGUGGUGAUGGGGUGCAGCCCUGUGCCUGCACUGCCUUAUUGGGGUUUGUGCUGCUUGACCCCAGAGCUCUGGCUCUGUGCUCUGUCUGUGUGCUGUGUUUAUGAGAAGGGACUUUGCUUUUCCAAGGUCACUCUCCAAGCCUGCAGUCUGCUGGUGCCUGGCCGUUUGCUCAGCCAGCAGUGCAGAACGUGGCUCUGGGGCAGUGACCAGAGGUCCCCAGGCUGUUUUGUUUCUCCACAUCUGAUGGGUUGGCUGCCUUUGGAGAGACCCGCUUCCCCAGCCAAGGCUUGUUCUGCUGGUGCAGGCUCUGAUAACACAGGCUGGGAACACAUAAACCUUCCCUUUUCAACCUGUAUUGAAAACUGAAGAGUGGUGGCAUGUAUUAAUUGAAUUGGAAUUGCUCUUUGCUUUGGGGAGCUGAUCCAUGACUUGUGGAGCUUCUAAUAUUUGAUAGGCUGGAUUCACGUGGUGCCAUAUAGAAUCAUUAAGGUUGGAAAAGCCUUCAGAGAUCCCCAAGCCCAACCCAUGCCACCAUGCCCACUGCCCACAUCACUCAGUGCCACGUGCCCACAGUUCUGGAGCACCUCCACGAAUGGAUAUGCAAAAUGAGUAAGAUUUGGUGUGUUGGGAGUUUUCAUUGAAACUUGGUGAAGGAAGGCACUGAAUGGCACUGAACUUCUAUGAGAGCCCCCAGACCUGUGCAGGUCCCUGGGCAACAAGGUGUGCUGGUACCUGUGCCUGUUUGAUUCCGUAACUGAAUGUUAGUUUAAGAAAUGGAUGAGUGAGUGCAAAAAAUGUGUUCUGGGAGAGGGUUUGGGUUGAGGUUUCCACACCUCCAACUCUGUGAAAUACUAAAAGGAAUAACCUCAUGGGAGACUUGAUCGUGGGUUUUGCUUUUGGAGGAUUAAAUGUAGCAGCAUCAGUGCCAUUGCUCCUCUGUAGCCUGUGAGGCAUUCCCUGGGCUGCAUCGUUCCCUGGGCUGCAUCAUUCCCUGGGCUGCAUCAUUCCCUGGGCUGCAUCAUUCCCUGGGCUCAUGGGAUUUUGUGUUUAGCAGCCAAAGCUCAGGGCUUGGCCAUGCAGUAGGAGUGGGACCAGAGGGUUUGGCUCUGUGGCUGUUGCUCCUGCAUCCCUCCAGCUUCCAGGGUGUGUAGCAUGUGCAAACUGACAAACUGUGCUCCGGCAGCUGGAAAACCUGCUGUGAGCCAGCUCCAGAAUGGAGGCAAAAGUCCUAAGUGGGAAGGCGACGUUAGAGGUGGAUGUGAUGGGGUUGGUGUUUGUCUGCUAACUUUCGUGUCGCUGCAAACAGCCUGGUGGUGUGCUGGGGAAUAGUUGUACACGCCAUGAGAUCACUUCAGGAAUGUGUUCCUGAUCUUAUUAUGGCGUGCUUUUCAUGUCCCAGCCAUUACAAAUGAAUAUCAUGUAAUAUUUUUGAAAGGACGAGAUUUAAUUCUAUUAAAUAGAUGCUGAAAGCUAUUAUCAUAUAUGGAAUAUCCAUUACAAUUAUGAAGAUACAGAAAGCAUUACAAGUAUCCACAUUUGGCUUUUUUAGCUUCUCUGCUAGUUCAGAGAAAAGAUUAUCUCUUUAUUGGCCCAUCAGUUGUGUUAUGAUUGAAGUUCAGUGCUGCUGCUGGUGCUUCUCAGGGUGAAAGCAUCGUGGUUAAUGAAGAUUUGCAGCUCCCAAUGGCUUCAUUUGGGCUCCGAGGCACCCAAGCUUCCACUUCCACGUGGGUUGUGCUGUUGGUAGAAAGCUGCCUUUCUCCUGCAGGUCUUACAUGAAUCGUUGGCUUUGGGAAGGGGUUGGGAAGGGCCGCUUUGUUCCUCCCCACUGUUCCUCCCCACUGUUGGUAUGAGUCAAACACUGCAAGCAUUGCUGGAAGUCCCCGGCUCUUUGUGGGGCUGCUGACGCCGUGGGAGCUGUGGUGUGGCCCCAUGGAGGCUGGAGGUGUAAAUUAUUUGGAGCCAGUGUUUAAGAAAGCUCUAUAUUUAGUGCCUGCUGCUUAACAUCAGCCUGGCUUACUGCUGGCAACAGGCGCAGCCAUCGCUCUGCUCUCUCCUGCAUACAGCACUAAAAUAUCCAUUGAUUGUCCCUUUUCUGCAUCAUUACUGAUGUCCCUCCUGCUGUGAGGGAGACAUUUUAUUAUUCCCAUUGUCUAAACCUCCUGUCUCUUGUUUUCUACCUCUCUGCUAACCACUGAUUUGUUUCUUUGUGCGCUUCUGCUCCCGUUUCUGUUUCUCCAACUGCCGAUGCCAGAAGGAGCAUCUUCCCAAAAAUGGAGAGCAGAGGAAGGGGUGAGGAAGAGGGGUUACCACGGAAAGUUUGAAAGUGUGAAAAAGCAUCACCCAAAAGACAGAACUUAAUGUUGAAUUGCAGUCCCAUGCGUUUGAAGGUGGUGUUGUGAUGCUGGGGACUGUGCCACGGUUUCCAUCUUCCAUGUUAGUCCCUUUGCUCAGGAGUGUAGCAGUGUACAUUUCUCCAUGAGAUGCUCCAUUUGUACCAGGCUACCAUUGCCUGGCCCAGUGCCUUCCCACCAGCCAGGGAGCCAAUAUGGGAUGCUGUCGGUCCCCAGCAUGGCAUCUGGGGAGGGGGCUGUGCGGUCCCUGCAGCCUCCGGUCCUUGGGGCACAGGGGCAUUGCCUUUACCUCUGAUUUAUGCCUGCAGGAUGGGAGGAAAGGGGAUGUGUGGAGAGUGUCCAGCUGCUGGAGACUCUGGGAGGAAAAAUGAAUGUAUGUUUUUUCCCUUUGCUGCACAUUCACGCUGUCGUCAAUGACUUGGCACCUGGUGGGAAGGGAGUUGCACCCGUCCCGUUGGCUGGCGUCGGUGCCAGCUCAAACACCGCCAGUCGUGGCUUUCGUUUCCAUUUGCUGCUGGGCCAUUUUUCCUAUUUGCUCAGAGACAGACAGAGGGAUUGGGGUUUCAGUAGUGCCAGCAGUAGUGGGGAGCAUCCCACCCCACGCCCCCAGGCUCACAGCAUCCCGCCCCAUCCAGCAGGACUGUGCAGAGCCGGAGCUGCGCCAGGUUUGGGCUAUACGUGUUACUGACACCUUACGGGAACUGAACGUGUGUUGGAGUAACAGAUGGGUAUUAUUCCAGCUUUGUGAAUGUCUCCCUGAGACAUUAAAAACACCAGCUCUCAUGAAUGGUUCCCUGGAAGUGCUGUUGGGAGCAUUCAGGUGCUGCUUGGCUUUGAUGAAACGAGUAAAUGCCACGAGCGGCUGUUUGCUUUGCCUCCUUCCUCCUACAGAAAGGCUCCCUUUGAGGGAUGGCAAAGCAUCCAGCCCCCAUUCCCUAUCAAAAAAUGUCACUGUCCUGCCUUUACAUUGGUGCUUCUGGGGCUCUGUGAUGAGCACUCAACGUCCCACAUUGGAUGGGAUGUCCCACAUCCCACUGAUGCUUUGUGCCCAUGGGGAUGGCUGACCCCAGGGGAGCCCAGUCCUGCCCACAGAGUUUGUGGGUGCCCCAUCCCUUUUGAGGCCAGCUUGGAUUGGACCCUGGGCAACAUGAUCUAAUACCUGAUUUAGUGGUUGGCAGCUGUGCCCACAGUGAGGGGUUGAAGCUGGAUGAUCUUUGAGGUCCCUUCCAACCCAAGCCAUCCUAUGAUUCUCCCUUCUGGACACAGCAUUCAGAGGCUGCCAUGGGAUGUGCUCCCCAGAUCAGCUCCUUGGCAGCCCGCGCACGUAGGAGCCGUCUUCUGCUAACAGAUUGUGGUGUAUUUAAUGAACCUGAGGAAAAACAAGGAAUCCGAAGGCUGCGGGGCGAUGCAAGUUUGCUGUUCAGUCUGCCAAAUUCAUGCUAAUUCAGACAACUCACAGAUGUUUGGCUCCCCGUGUGUUAAGGAGAUUUAUGUAAGAUGCAGGGCUGGGAAAUUCAUUCCCAGCGUGCCGGAGAGCCGAGCUGGCAGCGGCUGCACACGGGCAAAGGUUUCCUGUCCAUUUCCUUUGUCCACUCCUUGCCACCAACUUUUCACUGCAACAUGUCCAUUGGUUGCUGGGAGGAUGGGUAAAGGUUCGUCUUCCAGAGCCAGCGAGCUCUGUGAAGGCUUUUUCCCAGCUGAGGAAUGAUUCCCCUGAGAUAGGGAUGUUGAUCCAGUGGGGACCACAGUGAGGUGUGACCACAGCAGUGGCAUUGCUGGCCCUGUGGUUCUUUCUGCUUUGUGGGUUGGCCACAGGUGAUGCACACUGUAGGCAUAGACUGCCAGCUGAAAGCAUUCCAAACCCCGAGAAUAUUGUCUGCCUAAUUGAAUUUUUUGGAAUAUCCUGAGCGAUUGUUUUUCUGCUGGAGGCUCUGCAGUCUUACAGCUUUUACUGGUAAGAACGGAGCGGGAGGAGAAGAUCUCACAAAGUCUGGUUGUUCUCCCUCCAUCAUUGCGUGUACAUCCAGUAUCCCUGCUUUAAAUCCAGACACUUCCGUCACCCUGGUUAUUCAGGGACCACCAGCCUCAAUCAGAUCUCCAGCUCAGCCUUGGAAAAGGGAGAAAUCUGCCUUGCUAACGGUACCCAAGUCUGACAAUGAUGCUGGAGUUCCAAGUUUCCCUGCAAGAUGCCCAAGCUGUCGCUGGCACUUGGCCAUACUGUGGUUCCCUGGUUGCCACCAACGCAUUGCUGUUGAUGUUGAUGUUGAAACCUGGGGGCUCUGGAGCAAGCAAGGCAGGGCUGGCUGAGAGCAUUGGAGGUUUGUCACCUUGGAGCUUUGUCAUCUGGCUGUAAGUAGGUGGACGUCGUGCUGCAGAGUUGCCAGGGAGGAAAAGGCAAAGUCACAGCCAGCGCUGCUUUCUUCAAGCUGAGAUGUUGAGACAAAGCACCUCUGACCCUGUCCUGUCCUUUCUCUCCAUCCCUUUCCGCCGUUUGUUUGUGAGGGAGUCCUUCCCCUGCCACUCCUAUUCCGGAGCCGCCGGCCGCAGCCCCCGCUGCUCUCAGCCCUUCUGGGGGAAAAUGCACUGAGAUGGGAGCUUGGCCAGAGCAUGGCUGACAGCGACCUUUGCCUGGACUCCGAUGGACUCCAACGCAGGACUGCAUUACCAUGGUGAUGAUCUUAACCAAAACUCGGGAAAACAAAGGUGCUGACUCUGUAACAUGCAGGACUGAGCUGCACUCUCCAAAGAUGAGUCAAGGACCUACCCUCUUCUCUUGUGGCAUUAUGGAAAAUGACAGAUGGGGAGACCUCAGCAGGAAAUGUCCACUGCAGAUCGAGCAGCCGGGCACCAGCAUCUGGGACUGCCUGGCUGACAAGGGUGAGGAGGGCGCGCUGUGGCCACGGGAAGCCACCAGCACCUGCUCAGUGACCAACCUCAUCAAAGAGCUCAGCCUCAGCGAUCCUCACAGCAACCCAUCGGCGCCGCCCAGCAAGCGCCAGUGCCGCUCGCUGUCUUUCUCGGAUGAAAUGUCCAGCUGCAGGACAUCGUGGAGACCUUUGGGCUCCAAGGUCUGGACGCCGGUUGAGAAGAGGCGGUGUUACAGCGGGGGGAGCGUCCAACGCUACUCCAACGGCUCGGCCACCAUGCAGAGGAGCUCCAGCUUCAGCCUGCCGUCCCGCUCCCAUCCUCUGGCUUCGUCCUGCGACCACCGUCCGGGCUGCCUGCCGAGGAGAUCGGGGGCUGGAGGUGACGCCUGGAGCCCCGAGGGCGGCCGGGUGGACAUGCAGCGCUCCCUGUCCUGCUCUCACGACCGCUUCUCCUCCUCGGAGCCCGGCCCGCCCUCGGCCAGCAGCACGCCGGCCUCCACACCGCAGCUGGGCCGCCGUGCCGGUGGGCUGUGCCGCAGCCGCUCGCAGCCCUGUGUCCUCAAUGACAAGAAGGUGGGCGUCAAGCGGCGCCGGCCCCAGGAUGCACAGGAGCCGCGGCCCUCGCUGGACCUGGCCAAGAUGACCCAGAACCGCCAGACCUUCAACAGCCUUAGCAGCCUUAGCAACGCGGCCGAGGACAACACUCAGCGGCUCCCCACCACCCAACCAUGGACCACAGCCCCCCACUCCCCGGAGGUGAUGCCAGGCAGGACCCCCGCCUGCACCCCAGUGCCAGAGCCACGCACACGGGGCGAGGAGCGUGGGGCGAGCCGGGACGACCUGUCCUGUGAGGAGUCCGAUGAGGGUGGUGGGAAGGAGGAGGAUGGGACCCCAUGGCAGGGCGGUGGGGCGGGCACCCAGAGCCCCUUCCAGCUGGAUGGAGAAAUAGACAUCGAGCAGAUUGAAAACAACUGAGGACGCGGGGCUCAGCGUGCUGGGGUCUGGGGCUCCGGUGGGGAAGGGUCCCCUGGGGGUCAGCGUGGGUUGUGCCGUGCUGCCUGCGUCCCCCUGCCAGCUGGAGGGGAUGAAGCAGCUUUGCCAAAAUUUCAUCAGGUAUUUAGAGCAAUUUUGUGUGUGCGUGCGUGUGCGUGUGUAAAUCUUGAAACUCUUUGUAACUACUGUAGCCAGAUAUCAGCUAAUUUGGGAAAACCGCCUGUCAGAACUUGGAGACCAGAGGGAUGGGGAUCACCAAACAACGCUCAUCCAUCAGUGAGAAAACAACUUCUGCAAACGUAGGAUCGCAGCUGAUGGAUCCAGCCAUGGCUUCCAUUUCACACAUGUGCUUGUUUGGAAAGCAAAAGGAAAAAUAAACCACCCCCGGGGAGGACUGGAAAAUUGGGGGAAGAAAGAGAAGGUCAGCUGAGAUUUGCCAACUGUGUGGUGGUGGGGCCGGGCUGGUGGUGGGGCAGCUGCAAUGCCCAGAGCCCACGCUGAUCCUCCAGCCCCUGGCAGUGCCAUCAGAUGGAAACCACAAUUUUUGCUGCAAGUUAUUGAUGGUAAGAGCUGGAUCAUUUUUUUAAUACAGAUUCUUAAUUUUCCUUUUCCUGAUGAGGAUCCAGCAGCGCUCGGCCCCUCGCCAACCAUCGCGUGGCUGCCGCACUCUUUUUGCUCUGACUGUGAAGUGGAUCCCUGUCCAGUGCCAUAGGAUUACUUGACAAAAGUAAGCUGUCAAAAUGCUGAAAAUUCAGGUAGCAGCACUGAAAGCUUUUCCUCUCGCUGUGCCUUGUUGAAGCACGGAUAAAGCAGUGACCAUGACAUUUGUACGAGAUACGCUCCUCCAUGAAAUAAGCUGUCUGCUUGCUAACUGGUUUAGAAGGACACGUCCUUAUUUUUUUGUCCCCUUUUGUUUGAAUCUCUUGGAAAGCCGUACGGGCGGCUUCCAGCGUCUUCUGCAGGUUCCUUGGGGUUAUUUCCCAAGUUCUGCAAAAGCACAAAGGGAAAAUGAAGCGAUAGAUCCCAAUGGAUCCCAACCCCUUCAGCAGGGGUCCAACACCCCAUUGGGAGUCUGCAAGCCAGAAGAGGCUGAGAGCAGCCGACGCAGGUUUACCGAUCCCUGCCGUUACGUUACUGCACUUUUCCUGCGGGGUUUUGGGCGUUCCCCCAUCCCAUCCACUCAUAGCUUUACGUCUGCUCGUGGCCGCGGUCAGCUCAGCUCCCUGCAGAGCGGUGCCGGGGCCUUCUCCUGUUGGGGAAUCCUCCAUCUCUCUUCAAGUGUCUCUCAAUGUGUUGUUGAAAACAACCCACGCUGGCUGCACACCCCUCGUGGGAGGCCCACAGCCCAGCGCCUUUGGGACGUGGCGUCUGCCGGCCCGUAUCCCCAGGAGCAACGCAACCAUAUUUUGGCUUUGAGUCUUCCUGAUGUCCCAAACCCCCAUAACAGCCCCGGGCUCCCGCAGAGCUCAGGGCACGCUUGCCUAUGCACACGUGGGGCUGUAACAAGGGCUCUUUUCUCCCUCCAAGGGCUGCUACCUAGGACAUGCUCACCCCAUGCAGUAGGACGGUGACCGAGCGGCCGCCGGCUGUACCUGACACAGACGUAGCAUACAGUUUACAUACAGCACAACCCGUUUGCCUUACUAAAGAUGCUUCUCCAAUGAGUAAUGGCCUUAUACCGGGCACAUUAGCUUAGACACAGACUGCAGUGACGGUUUGUAGGCCACAGUGGUGUUCUGUUGGGUGUUUCUCUGUUGGUUUCGUAUGAUUUCAUGUACUUGUUUUCAGUUUGAGAAAGCCUUACUUAAAAAAAAAAAAAAAGAAAAGAAAAAAAAAUCUCUCUCUCUGUAGAGG